CCCCUCCGGCAAGGUGGAUUUCGGCAGUAAAAGACCUGUGUUGGUUCUUCAGAAUGACUCUCUCUACUCUCAGAGACGUCCAUACACCAGUGAAGAUGAGGCCUGGAAAACCUUUCUUGAAAAUCCCCUUACAGCAGCUACCAAAGCUAUGAUGAGCAUCAAUGGUGAUGAAGACAGUGCAGCUGCCCUCGGACUGCUGUAUGAUUACUACAAGGUUCCAAGGGAGAGAAGAUCUUCAACAGCUAAACCAGAGGUAGAACAUCCUGACCAAGACCAUAGCAAAAGGAACAGCAUCCCAAAUGUAACAGAACAGUCACUGAUUUCUGCUGGAGAAAAUAGAGUUCAGGUUCUGAAAAAUGUGCCUUUCAAUAUUGUCCUUCCACACACACCCCAGAUGGGCAUGGACAAGCGAGGCCACCUUACAACCCCUGACACAACGGUCACCGUUUCAAUUGCCACAAUGCCCACCCAUUCCAUCAAAACGGAGACCCAGCCCCAUGGCUUUGCAGUGGGCAUCCCACCAAGUGUCUACCAUCCUGAGCCCCCCGAGCGGGUGGUGGUCUUCGACAGGAACCUCAACCCCGACCAGUUCAGUUCCAACACCCAGCCUCAAAACUCCCAGAGGAGAACACCAGACUCCACCUUCUCGGAAACUUUCAAGGAGGGCGUGCAAGAGGUUUUCUUUCCUACUGAACUGAAUCUCCGGAUGGCCAACAUGAAUUCAGAAGAUUAUGUUUUUGACAGCAUUUCUGGGAAUAAUUUUGAAUACACUCUGGAAGCUUCUAAAUCCCUCCGACAGAAACCUGGGGACAGCACGAUGACUUACCUGAAUAAAGGUCAAUUUUACCCGAUCACACUGAAAGAAGUCAGCAGCAGUGAAGGAAUCCAUCACCCCAUCAGUAAAGUCAGAAGUGUUAUCAUGGUUGUGUUUGCUGAAGACAAAACAAGGGAAGAUCAGCUCAGGCACUGGAAAUACUGGCACUCAAGACAGCACACGGCCAAACAAAGAUGCAUUGACAUAGCUGACUACAAGGAGAGCUUCAACACCAUCAGUAACAUUGAGGAGAUCGCAUACAAUGCCAUAUCCUUCACGUGGGACAUCAACGAGGAAGCAAAGGUUUUCAUUUCUGUGAACUGCCUCAGCACGGAUUUCUCCUCUCAGAAGGGAGUUAAAGGCCUGCCUCUGAAUCUUCAGAUCGACACUUAUAGCUACAAUAACAGGAGUAACAAACCUGUCCACAGAGCCUACUGCCAGAUUAAAGUCUUCUGUGACAAGGGAGCAGAGAGGAAGAUCAGGGAUGAAGAACGAAAGCAAAGCAAAAGAAAAGGCAAAUGCAGUGACCCCAGCUCUCAGUUGAAUGCCUUUUCUGAUGUCAAAGUGCCAAUGCUUCCCUCACACAAACGGACGGACAUCACCAUCUUCAAGCCCUUCAUGGAUCUCGACACUCAGCCAGUCCUUUUCAUUCCUGAUGUUCACUUUGCAAAUCUUCAGCGUGGUGCUCACGUCCUUCCUGUUGCUUCAGAAGAACUGGAGGGUGAAAGUUCCAGCCUGAAGAGAGGAGCCUAUAUCGGUGAAGAGGACUUUAUUGCCACUCCAAAUAAAAUGGCCAGAAUAGAAGAGCCAAAAAGAGUGUUGCUGUAUGUCCGAAAAGAGUCAGAGGAAGUCUUUGAUGCACUAAUGUUAAAGACACCAUCCCUGAAAGGUCUAAUGGAAGCGAUAUCUGACAAGUAUGAUGUUCCUUUUGAUAAAAUAGGAAAAAUCUUCAAAAAAUGUAAAAAAGGAAUUCUGGUCAACAUGGAUGAUAACAUUGUGAAACACUAUUCUAAUGAAGAUACCUUCCAGUUGCAGAUUGAAGAAGUUGGAGGAUCUUACAAGCUCACUCUCACUGAGAUCUAA